AUGGCCCCAACCUUGUUGGCUGGAACGAAUAGGAGCAACCCCUUGGACUAUGCGUUUGUCCCCAACUACUCCCGCAUGCCAGCGCGCUGGGAAAGUAUAAACGAUGACCGGAUCCUCAUCUUCACGGACGGGGCAGCGCCCAAUAAUGGACGACCUGGUGUACGCGCAGGCUGCGGCGUUGUGACUGGCCCUUCGCUCGACUCUCGUCACUUGUUCCGACUGGAACCUGAUGUUUCUCAUCAAUUGACUAGCAAUCGCGCAGAGUUACGUGCCGUUGAAGCUGCAAUCGAAUUUGAUUGGAAAAUGGAGGGUAUAAAGACGAUCGUCAUCGCAACAGACUCGGAGUAUGUGGCGGAAGGUGCUACAUUGUGGAUAAGGGUAUGGCGAGAUUGGAGCGGUCGGUGGGUCGUACAGAAGGCAAAUAUGGAUUUGUGGGACCGCCUGAUGAAGGCGAUAGAAGACAAGGAAAGGGAGGGAAUUCGUGUUGAGUUCUACCUGAUUGACAGGGUAUGGAAUCUGGCGGAUCGCUACGCCAAAGCAGCAGCAAAACGGUUACACUUCACUUCUGCAGGAUUACUAGAAGAAUCUCCCGCGAUUAGUGCCAGCGAGAUUUACCCCAAGUGA